AUGAAGAGAAUAUAUGACCUCCUUAACGUCGAUUCAAAUGAGCUGCAACCGAUACCUAUACCGCUGUCAAUAUCAUCGAUACAUCAAACUGCAACUUACUCCCACUCCGGUACUGAUUCUCCAUUAAGCAGCGGCAGUAACUCGCUUGUAAACUCAAACUUUAGCAUAGCAAGCAGAUCCACGUCAACCUCAUUAAUAAAUCUUGCGUCGGCCUCGACUACGAAUUCGCCAUCAAGGCCGUCUUCAGCAACCCCAACGACAGCAGCAGCCUCAGCAGAAGCGACGGCAGCAGCAGCUGAAUGUAUACCCAAGACUAAAAUUAGCUCUAAGUACCUCAUUAACAAAAACAUCAUUAAAAUAGCCAUAAGGAGGAAGUCUGCCUCCAAGAAAUCUUCUAAACCAAUAUCAUUAGACUCACACUCAAAGCUUCAUUUGAAAUCUUUAGAAGCUGGAAUCAAAAUCAAACUCACGUUGGCGCCGUCGUUAAUUUCGUUGUACAAAAGUUUGACACCCAAUAUUAACGUCAAAUCCAUAAAAAUCGUAGAAUCUUCAUGUGGAUUCGGUGAAACAGCAUCCAAGUUUAACUCCGAGUUGAAUUCCAUUCCAUCGUCAUCACCUUCAUCGUCGUUGAAAUCUAAAAAUGUUCAAUUGGUGGAUAACAACCUCGUCAACUUAUCCAGCUUGUCAAAUAAAAUAUUGCAGACUUUCAGGAAGGAUUCUUUGGAUAGCCAAGUGAAAUACCCCAUCUAUAAUUGCCUUAAUACGGCCAUGCACUCUUUGUUUGGAGUAGAUGACUAUACGUUUAUCAGAGUGACUAGAUCCAGUAGUAAUACGCCAGAGGGAUCUACCCUUCUUAAGUUGGAAGCUGCGAACCCAGGUGACUACUGGUUGAUUGAUGAAGAGGAGUUCUAUGAGGAAAUGUUUUACAGCAUUGGUAAGAAAGAUGAUGUCCCUUCCAAUUUAUUCAUCAAGAAGAUUUUGGCACGUCCCAGAUACAAGGCAGAUAUGAAGAUUUAUGUUGUGCCUACGAGAUGCAUAACUUCAUUAUACGUAGACGAGAGAAUGUUGGAAAGAGAUCUUAUAAAGGGAGUGGUAGACCCAAAGAAAAUCAAUCAAAGGCCAAUAUUGACUACAUUUGAUUAUCACCCUCUUCUAAAGGAAAUAAACCACUUGAUAGAUCUAAGUAAUGAAAACAAGGACUAG